CGCUGUUUAGCAAGUCACGUGACUACAGGGCAACAUGGCGCACAUCGAGCAGGAAGGGAAGAUCGAGGAGAGCGAGAGUCCUAUGGCUGACCCCAUGGAGAGUAGGAGACGGUGUAAACUGCACUGGAAGCCGACAUCUGCGGGGAAGUUAGCUGAGGUGGAACAGAAGAUUCUUAAAUGUAUGAAAAGCAAAACAAAUGGCCGUUUCGUGAAGACAACCAACUGCAAUAUCUGGACAGUGAUCGUUAACGCUCACCUGGAUGCCGUGCCCCUCGUGUUGGUCCACGGGAUGGGAGGUGGGGUAGCCAUGUGGAUCCAGAACCUGGACAGUCUUGCUGAGAACAGGCCCGUGUAUACAUUUGACCUUCUUGGAUUUGGCAGAAGCUCCAGACCCACAUUCAGCACAGACGCUUGGGAAGCUGAGGCUGAAUUCGUGAGGUCAUUGGAGGAAUGGCGCCAGGAGGUCAAACUUGACCGCUUCAUACUCUUAGGUCACAGCCUGGGGGGAUUUGUUAGCAGCUCCUAUGCCAUACUGUACCCUGAAAGAGUUGAACAUUUAAUUCUGGCUGAUCCUUGGGGUUACCCAGAGAAGCCAUCGACCACUGAAUCCAGGCGAAGCUAUCCGCUUUGGGCUCGUGCCCUUGUAAAAGUCCUCCAACCUUUCAAUCCAUUCACAGCCCUCAGAUUGGCUGGACCCUAUGGGCCAGGUAUUGUGAAACGGUUCCGUCCAGAUCUGAAGGCGAAAUAUGCCAACUAUUUGAAUGAUGACGAAGAUUUAAUCCUUCAGUACUUGUACCACUGCAAUGCACAAAAGCCAAGUGGGGAAAUAGCAGCCAAGACAUUGCAGACCCAGUUUCGCUGGGCUAAACACCCAAUGAUCAACAGGAUGGGUGACUUGGACGCCAAUGUGCCAAUGACGUUCAUACAUGGGAAGGAGUCCUGGUUGGACGGCGAUGUCGGUGACAACGUCAAGCAACUCCGUCUUGGCAGCCACGUAGAAUCACAUACGGUCUCGGAAGCUGGUCACCAUGUGUACGCUGACAGGCCGCAAGCCUUCAACCACAUAGUACUGCAGAUCUGUGACACGGUGGACCUUGCUGCACGUGGAGAACUGGCCGGAGGGAGCAGUCUCAAGAGGACGUCAACUUGAUUGUCUGUGUGACUGUCAUAUGACGAUGGCAUUCCACAUGUAUACGUGAAGGUGCCUCGUCAUAUGACGAUCGAGUGCCAUCUGUACACGUGGUGAUGCCACGUCAUAUGACGAUGGUGUGUCACCUCGGUGAUGGGGGACCUAUACGUAGCGUUACUGUGAUAAAACAUGACAUGACAACACAUACAUUUGAAGGUGAAUUACUGCCACGAAUGUAUCUUUUUAUGACCCAUAUAGUCCACAGUUGAACAAUAUUUUCAACACUGAUGUUAUAUUUAUCUGAAUUAUGAAGUCGUAUGAUAUAAUAAGGUAUAUGAUAAAGUCCUUAUGCGCUGGUUGUUUGGGACAAGACUGACAAAUGACAUGCAGUGAGAGUGACGGCUUGUACUGCUUUUUGCGAUGCUCCUGCACAACCGGUUCAAAUCAGCUUAUAUAUUGUCUUAGUCCUAGCUUAAUCUAUGUACUCAAACCUAUAUGCUCUUUCAUAGAGUUGAGUGAUAACAGACAUAGUUGUUAGUUCUGUAAAUCUGCGAAUUACAUUUUCAAAGAACUACAAACCGAAUGGAAAAGUUGAAAAUGUUUUGCUCUGCAGUUGAAGGGAAGUAACUCGUGGAGUGCUCUUUGUCGGAGCGCGACGGUCUUUGUUGCCAGCGUACUACAGCAACAUAGCAACAAGACGCUACCUAUUUCACGUGUUAGGCGUGUGGGGGCCGGAGUGGAGGUGGGGUUGGCAAGGGUUGAAGAAUAUAUAUGUCUGUCUGUUAUCUGCGCAUUGAUAUAUUAUUUAUAUAAAUAUACAUAUACAAUUGAUGACCGACAUUGCCUUCCGAUUUUUCAGGUAAUCACAUUUUUUUAGUUUAAAGAUCUCGGGGAAACAAACUUAGCUUUCCUAAGUAACUGCGGUUAAGGUGGAAGUAUAUUUGUACAUUUAUAUGUUUUUAUGGUUAUAUAUUAUAUGUAAUUUGUCGUUUUGUGUUGUUUUACAAAGAUGUAUUGAUUUUGUGAAUAAAAUUAAUAUAUGAGUA